UUGUUCGCAAAAACAUUGAAUGUUUUCGUUGAAAAGUGACUGAAACCGCACCGCCACCCGCGAUCCCCGGCGUGCCUCAAAAAGACGCUUUAAUUAAAAUGAAAUUGCUGACGAAUUCCCGGCUUCUGAGGCCUCUGCUGCUGCUGCGCCGCCAAAGGUCGCAUGACGCAAAGGCGGCGGAGGUACCAAAACCACGACCGGUUCCAACCAGUGCCCAGCUGGACGAGCUGGAGCGGAAUGUGGUUGUGCGCCAUCACAGAAACAACAUGCCGCUCAUUCGUUCCCUCGUCCAGGAGGCAGUGGCUGGGGAUCAGGACAAAUUGAGACAACUUCAGGCGGAGCUCGAGCAACUGCCCAAUAGCACGCAUCCACGGCUCCAGGACUACGGUGAACAGCCACGGGAACUGGCGCAGUACGUGCACCGACAGCUGCCACCGCAGUCCAGCCUCAAGGAGUUCUCGGAACUCGCACGCGCCCUCAAUCUCUACCGCAUGGAUCACCUGGGCAACUACACGGGGCACAAGAGCUACUAUCUAACCGGGCAACUGGCCACUUUGGAGCAGGCCAUCAUACAGUAUGCCCUGCAGGUGGUCACUGGUCAGGGCUUUAUGCUGAUCUCCGUGCCGGACAUCCUGCCCAGGGAGGUGAUCGAGUCCUGCGGAAUGCGCACUGAGGGGGAGCGCACACAAGUCUACAAACUGGAUACCGGAGAGUGCCUGUCGGGCACCUCGGAAAUGGCCCUGGCCGGCUACUUUGCCAAUAAACUACUGCCCCAGGAGCAGCUGCCCCUGAAGGUGACCGCCGUGAGUCGCUGCUAUCGGGCCGAAACCUCGGGCCUGCAGGAGGAGAAGGGCAUCUACCGGGUGCACCAGUUCACCAAGGUGGAGAUGUUUGCCAUCUGCACGGAGGAACAGUCAGAGGCCGAGCUGGAGGAGUUCAAGAACAUUGAGGUGGAUCUCUUCCGGCGAUUGGGCCUCAACUUUCGGCUGCUCGACAUGCCGCCUUGCGAGCUGGGCGCGCCGGCGUACCAGAAGUACGACAUCGAGGCCUGGAUGCCGGGUCGCCAGAUGUGGGGCGAGAUCUCCAGCUGCAGCAACUGCACGGACUACCAGGCCAGGCGGUUGGGCAUCAAGUACCGCCGCUCCAGCGACGGGCAGAUCCUGCAUGCCCACACCAUCAAUGGAACGGCGACGGCCAUUCCCCGCCUGCUGAUUGCCCUGCUGGAAUCCUAUCAGCGGGGAGAUGCCAUCGAGAUACCCCACGUGCUGAGAUCCUUCAUGGACGGCCAGGAGCUGAUCACGCGAAACAAACGAAUACCCGAGACGAAGCUGGUCAAGUUUAUCAAGGCCUAGGCUAAUCACAUUCUGUACCUUUGACUGUUAUCAUUAAAGCGUUGGAGUUAUCGACGAA